CUCUUCACUAUUUCGGAAAUAUCUGUUUUUUUAGUCUUCGGGUGGCUUGGGCGGCGCCGGUUCCUCCACUCCCAUUCGUCCUCGAGGUCGAUCGAGCUGCUUGCUAGGGUUCACUUCGUGCCGACCUCUCCGACCCCAGUGUCGGUCGCGCCGCUCGCGUUGAACGAGUAAAGAAUCCUCUUGCUGGUGGCUUGAAGCCAAAACCAAGCAGUUCUCCACAUAUGGAAGUCUCCAUGAAAAAUGUUGAUUCAGCUUUUCAUGGAGUUGGGCAAAAAGCUGGACUGGAGAUAUGGCGUAUUGAGAACUUUUGCCCAGUCACUGUACCAAGUUCUUCACAUGGAAAGUUCUUCACUGGAGAUUCAUACAUAGUUUUGAAGACAACUGCCUUAAAAAGUGGUGCUCUUCGUCAUGAUAUCCACUACUGGCUUGGAAAAGAUACCACUCAGGAUGAAGCUGGAACUGCUGCAAUUAAAACUGUAGAGCUAGAUGCAGCCUUGGGGGGUCGUGCUGUUCAAUAUCGUGAAUUACAAGGCCAUGAGAGCGAGAAGUUCUUGUCUUAUUUCAAGCCAUGUAUAAUACCACAACAAGGUGGCAUCUUAUCUGGUUUUAAGCAUGCUGAGAUCAAUGAGAGAGAGCAUGUUAUUCGUUUAUUUGUUUGCAGAGGAAAACAUGUUGUCCAUGUCAAGGAGGUACCAUUCGCUCGGUCAUCUCUGAAUCAUGAUGACAUAUUCAUACUGGAUACGAAGUCCAAAAUUUUCCAAUUUAAUGGAUCUAAUUCCUCUAUUCAAGAGAGAGCCAAAGCACUUGAAGUUGUACAAUAUCUCAAGGAUACUUACCAUGAGGGGAAGUGUGAAAUGGCAGCUGUUGAGGACGGUAAGUUGAUGGCUGAUGCUGAAGCCGGAGAGUUUUGGGGAUUUUUUGGUGGCUUUGCUCCUCUUCCAAGAAAAGCAGCAUCUGAGGACGAGAAAAAAGUUGAGACUUUUUCCCAAAAAUUGCUAAGAGUUGAGAAAGGACAACCUGUAUCUGUUGAAGCUGAAUCAUUGACAAGGGAUUUGUUGGACACAAAUAAAUGCUAUUUAUUAGAUUGUGGAACUGAAAUUUAUGUAUGGAUGGGAAGAAAUACAUCUCUUGAUGAGAGGAAAACUGCAUCUUCUUUUGCAGAAGAUUUAUUGCGUGAGUCUAUCAGAUCACAUGCUCAUUUUAUUCGGGUCAUUGAAGGUUUUGAGACUGUAGUAUUUCGCUCAAAGUUUGAUAAAUGGACUCAGACAAGUGAAGUUACUGUAACUGAGGAUGGCAGAGGCAAAGUUGCAGCACUUCUUAAACGCCAAGGACUGAAUGUUAAGGGUCUCACAAAAGCUGCUCCUGUGAAAGAAGAACCUCAACCAUACAUUGACUGUACUGGAAAUUUACAGGUCUGGCGUGUUGAUGGCAAAGAAAAGACCCUUCUUUCUCAAUCUGAUCAAUCGAAGUUUUUUAGUGGGGAUUGCUAUAUUUUCCAGUAUGCAUUUCCCGGGGAUGAUAAAGAGGAAUAUCUCAUUGGCAAUUGGUUUGGGAAGAAAAGCAUAGAGGAGGAGAGAGCUGCAGCAGUAUCACUUACUGCAAAGAUGCUGGAAUCUUUAAAGUUACAGGCUGUUCAGGCUCGGUUUAAUGAAGGAAAGGAACCUCUGUUCUUCUUCUGUAUUUUCCAAAGCUUCAUGUCCUUCAAGGGUGGUCUUAGUUCUGGGUACAAGAAUUUUGUGGCUGAAAAUGAGAUUCCUGAUGAGACUUAUUCAAAGGAUGGCAUUGCACUUUUCCGAGUUCAAGGAUCUGGACCAGAAAAUAUGCAAGCAAUUCAAGUUGAACCUGUAGCAUCAUCUUUGAAUUCAUCGUACUGUUAUAUACUGCAUAGUGAGGAUACUGUUUUCACAUGGUCUGGAGGCCUAAGCAUCUCUGUGGACCAAGAGCUAGCUGAGAGACUGCUUGAUCUGAUUAAGCCAAACAUGCCAGCAAAACCACAAAAAGAGGGAACAGAAUCUGAACAGUUCUGGAGUAUACUGGGAGGAAAAUCUGAAUACCCUAGUCAGAAAAUGUCAAAAGAACAAGAAAAUGACCCUCACUUGUUCUCAUGUACAUUCUCAAAAGGCACCUUGAAGGUGACAGAGAUUUUCAACUUUGCCCAGGAUGAUUUGCUGACAGAAGAUAUAUUUAUUCUCGACUGUCGUUCAGAUAUUUUUGUUUGGGUAGGGCAGCAGGUUGACUCAAAAACCAGAAUGCAAGCUGUAAACAUAGGAGAGAAAUUCAUUGAACAAGACUAUCUUCUGCAAAAUAUUUCUCCAGAAACACCGCUGUACAUAAUAAUGGAAGGGAGUGAGCCUCAAUUUUUCACUCGCUUUUUUUCUUGGGACUCAUCAAAAACAGCAAUACAUGGUAAUUCGUUCCUGAAGAAGCUAGCAAUUGUGAAGGAUGGAAUAACUCCAACAUCAGAUAAGCCCAAGAGGCGAGUGACACCGGCACAUAGUGGGCGUUCUAGUGUGCCUGAAAAAUCUCAGCGCUCAAGAAGCAUGUCCUUCAGUCCUGAGCGCGUUAGAGUUAGGGGAAGAUCCCCUGCAUUUAGUGCAUUAGCAGCUAACUUUGAGAACACCAAUGCAAGGAAUCUGUCAACUCCUCCUCCAGUGGUUAGAAAACUUUUCCCAAAAUCUGGUUCACCGGAUUCGACAACAGUAGCUCCAAAAUCAGCUGCUGUCGCCAACCUCUCUUCUUCAUUUGAACUUCCAAAGGAAGUAAAGAUACCAAAAUCAUUAAAAGAGAACAAAGCUGAAGUUGAUCCCAAGGAGAGUAUCACUGGUGUUAGUGAUAGAAUUGAAGUGCUCACAAUACAAGAAGAUGCAAAGGAGGGCGAAGCAGAAGAUGAAGAGGGGCUCCCGAUAUUCCCUUAUGAACGAUUGAAAACUACUUCUACAGAUCCUGUUACUGAAAUUGAUGUGACCAAGCGAGAGACUUAUUUAUCCUCGGUCGAGUUCAAAGAGAAAUUUGGCAUGUCAAGGGAGGCCUUCUUCAAAUUACCCAAGUGGAAACAAAACAGACUUAAAAUAGCUCUCCAGUUGUUCUAGCACACCAGCUCACCCCUCAUCAGCUUGUGCCAAUGGAUCGAAAUGCGGUGUGCACACAUUCUACUAGUAUCUUAUAUUUGAAGUUGUGAUUGUUCCUUCCCAAUUUUAGUUAGUCGGGGAAAAGAAAGGCUUCAUAGUAAAGAAAGGGACAGCGUCAGUGUCUUUUUUAGCUGCUUCGAGUCCCCAAAUGUUGUUUAUUUGUCAACACAGGUUUUGACCCAUUCUUUCUGUUCGAGUUUGGUUGUGGUAUUCUUUUUGUCAUCAAAGCUUGGUUUGCGGGCUUGCUUUUUUGUUUUAUUUUGGCCAUUUUUUUUAAGUGACUAAAAAUGGGAUUUGUCCCAAUAAAUUUAGGAGUGCUUGAAGUUGUAAUUGAGGCUUGAGUUGUGUAUACAGUAAGCGUAAACAUAUUUAUGGUUGGAGACAAGCUUGCUCCUUGGUUGUCA